AAAGUGGGAGACCAAAAGUACAAUUAAGCCAAUAAAAAUUUAGUUAAUUGCCACAUGUUACAGUCCGAUCCAGUAACCGAUCCCUUACACUGGUUGGAGAGAUACGCUGCCGGGAGAGCAGGAUCCGGAUUUCACACCGUCUCCAAAUGUUAGCUUUCAAAUUGAAGAAGAACACGUAAUUCUCACUUACGUCUCUCUUUGGAACCUGAAUAAUGGACAAAACCAGUAGCAUUGACAAGACCACGGGUGACAAGUACAACGUUGAAACAGCAGAAAUCUUGGCAAAUGAGGCUCAGAUUUUGCCAAUUGCAGAGUCCACACCCAUCUACGAGCAGCUUCUGCAACUGUUUCCAACAGCUGCCAAGUUUUGGAAGCAAUAUGUGGAGGCACACAUGGCUGUAAAUAAUGAUGAUGCUAUCAGACAGAUUUUUAGUCGGUGUUUGUUAAAUUGUUAUCAGAUUCCUCUAUGGCGGUGUUACAUUCGUUUCAUUAGAAAGGUCAAUGAAAAGAAGGGGAUAGAGGGUCAGGAAGAGACAAGAAAAGCGUAUGAUUUUAUGCUCAACUUUGUUGGAGAAGACAUAGCAUCUGGCCCUGUAUGGAUGGAGUACAUAUCUUUUCUAAAAUCAUUGCCGUCUAUAAAUACUCAAGAAGAAUCACAAAGGAUGCUUGCUCUGAGGAAAGUCUAUCAGAAGGCUAUUGUUACUCCUACCCAUCACAUUGAGCAACUUUGGAAGGAUUAUGAAAAUUUUGAAAAUUCUGUCAAUCGUCAGUUGGCUAAAGGACUGGUAUCUGAAUAUCAACCUAAAUACAAUAGUGCCAGGGCAGUUUACAGGGAGCGGAAGAAGUAUGUUGAUGAAAUCGAUUGGAAUAUUCUUGCUGUACCCCCAACCGGAUCGUACAAGGAAGAAACGCAGUGGAUGGCGUGGAAGAGACUUCUAGCUUUUGAAAAAGGAAAUCCACAGAGAAUAGAUACUGCUUCCUCCAAUAAACGAGUUGUGUUUACUUAUGAGCAGUGUCUGAUGUAUAUGUACCAUUAUCCGGAUAUAUGGUAUGACUUUGCCACAUGGCAUGCUAAAGGUGGUUCAAUAGAUGCUGCAAUCAAAGUAUUUCAGAGGUCCCUGAAGGCUCUUCCUGAUUCAGAAAUGCUACAAUAUGCUUAUGCAGAGCUAGAAGAGUCUCGCGGAGCAAUUCAGGCUGCAAAGAAAAUAUAUGAAAGCCUUUUAGGAGAUGGUGUUAGCGCAACAACACUUUCACAUAUUCAGUUUAUUCGUUUUCUAAGAAGAACAGAAGGUGUUGAAGCUGCAAGGAAGUAUUUUCUGGAUGCUCGCAAAUCCCCUACUUGUACAUAUCAUGUUUAUGUCGCUUAUGCAACAAUGACGUUUUGUCUUGACAAGGAUCCAAAGAUGGCUCAUAAUGUUUUUGAAGCAGGACUAAAACGCUUUAUGCACGAGCCUGUUUAUAUUCUCGAAUAUGCUGAUUUCUUGACUCGUUUGAAUGAUGACCAAAACAUACGUGCUUUAUUUGAGAGGGCUUUAAGUUCACUUCCACCAAAGGAAUCAGUUGAGGUCUGGAAAAAGUUUACCCAGUUUGAGCAAACUUAUGGGGAUCUUGCUAGCAUGCUGAAGGUUGAGCAAAGAAGGAAGGAAGCACUUUCUGGAGCUGGUGAAGAUGGAACAGCUGCAUUAGACAGUUCCCUGCAAGAUGUUGUAUCCCGAUAUAGUUUCAUGGACCUGUGGCCAUGCUCCUCUAAUUAUCUUGAUCAAUUAGCUCGGCAAGAGUGGCUUGCCAAAAAUAUCAAUAAGAGAGUGGAGAAGUCUGUCAUGCCUAAUGGAAGUGCUCUUUUAGAUAAGUCAUCUAUGGCAACCAUUUCAACUAUAUCCUCGAAAGUUAUUUAUCCUGAUACUUCAAAGAUGGUGUUAUAUGAUCCAAAGCAAAAUCCUGUGGCAGGUUCUGGAACAAAUGCAUGUAAUGAAAUUCUGAAAGCUACACCACCUGCGUUGUUAGCAUUUUUAGCAAACCUACCUGCAGUUGAGGGUCCAACACCAAAUGUAGAUAUCGUGCUAUCAAUUUGUUUGCAGAGUGACCUACCAACAGGACAAAGUGGGAAGAAAACAGGGGCUCCAACACAAUCGCCAGCAGGUCCUGCUCCUGCUACAAGUGAACUUUCUGGUUCAAACAAGUCUCACCCUGUUCAAAGUGGCCUAUCUUUGAAGCGAACUGGUAAUAGACAACAUGGGAAAAGGAAAGAAUUAGACAGACAAGAGGAUGAUGAUACUACAACUGUCCAGAGCCAACCACUUCCUCGAGAUGCUUUCCGGAUACGACAGUACCACAAAGCUCGAGCCAGCAGCACUUCGCAAACAGGAUCAGUUUCAUAUGGAAGUGCAUUUUCUGGCGAUUUAUCUGGUAGCACUGGUUGAUAAAAUAUUUUAAACCACUUGUGGUCUGUGUAAGAUAGAAGACCUUUUUUAGUUAUAUAACAUUAUCCUUUCCAUCCAUUUGCUUAUAGAUAGAUUUGACUACUACAUUUGCAAGUAUAUAGGUCAAUAAAUCAUUUGUUGUAACUCCCAUCUGAACAGUGGUUGACUUGUUGAAUGGAUAGAGGAAUAUUUAAACAUGGGAUGCAAA